CAUUAAUUCACAACAGGCUGCGAUUAAAGCGAUGACGGGCAGGGUUGAGUUCGUGUUCCCAAUUAACAAUGCUCAUGGAUACUUGAGGAGUGAGUUUGAAGGCUAAUAUAUGCCAGUCUUCUGUUGCAACUGAGCAAUUUGCAACGAAAUCAUGUUCAGCCACCAACCCGACGAGUCCCCACGAAUUCCAAACCCAGCCGGUGCCAAAAGGUCCCUUUGGGAAGAGGUUUGUGCCGACUUUGAAGCCGCACUGCCAUGUCCUCUUUGUCCUGUUGGGACCGGUUCAGAACCCAAAGACAGCAGCACCUCACACACCUCUGCCAAUAUAUUGAUGGACGAUGACAAGGAGGAGGAGAACGCGCUACUGCUCGAUUUGGACCCGCUUCUGCACCACCCCGCCCACGCCGGUUUCUCCGUGUUUGGAGUGGAUCCUCCUCUGAGCCACAAAAAGCGAGCCCACCCUUCGUUUUGCGCGCAAUCGUUCCAACAUCCCGUCACGCAGUACAUGGAAGAGAAAGUGUUCCCUGUGCUGGUGCCCGCACUUGCGGCUGUGCUGAAAGAAGCAGAGAAGCAAGGCUGUCUGCAGAAGAAAGUCAUCACGUUUAACCCCAUUGACUUCCUGGUGGAGUGGCUGUAUAAUCACAAUCCCCGCCGACAAGGACAGCCCCCCCGUCAGUUCAACAACAUCCCAUUUGUCAGAGCCUGGCUCAGCAUGCAUCCAAGGCCGCCCAUCCCGCUCUUCCUGCAGCUGAGUGACGGGCAGGCUGCGUUGAUCAUCCAGUCCUUCUGGAGGGGCUACAAGGUCAGGGCGCAGCCUCAUGUGCAGGAGCUGCGCCAGUGGCAGAAGAACCUGAGGCUAACCCGAAACAUUCCCAAGGCCGUCAAUGAAUUCUGGGCUCGGCUGGAGAAGCGAGUGGGCGCAAGCAUCAGAGAGACGACGGAAAGCACAGAGUCUGACAACUCCGACUUGUGUGUCAACAUGCUCUCUCGCCUCCCGCUGAGCACGUCUUUCCCCACGCCCCUGAUCACCCCGGACGGCGGCGGUGAGCGCGCAACGGGCAGCCCACCCGGCCUGGACGAGCAGGACCGCAGGUACAUGGACUCUGUGCCCAGGUCCUCGGCCACACCGUCGCCAAUUUAAAAGACGCGGUGUCACAAAAAGCAGGACCUUUUCUGACACAUCUUGACAGAAACUGCUUCACAUACCAUAUGUUCCAGACUAUAAGUCGCAGUUUUUUUCAUAGUUUGGCCCGGGGUGUGACUUAUAAUCAGGAGUGACUUAUAUGUGAAAUUAUGAACACAUUAUUACUUGAUCAUUAACACAUUACUUACUUACUAGUAUAGUUGAUCACUUCACAUGUUAUUUCCACUUUAAACCGCAUGAGGUCGCACUAGGCCUGUGGAAUAAUUGGAACCGCAACUGACAAUAAGUCUGACUCCAUUCACUGACUUCCGGAGUCAGGAGUUGUUUAUAACAGAGGACAGAGAUUGACACAGAGGACGAAGAUUUCGAUGGAUUUAAUGAUUUGGAGUGACACAGAUGGUUCGAUAAACUAUGUUAUAGUUACUUGAUAUAUAGUUUAUUUAGUGUAGCAACUUGUAUAUUGUUAGAGUUCAGUAGUUUCCGAUUGCUUAAGGAGGCCGUGAAGGCAGCAGGGGGGAGGAGACUGGAAGAGCGAUCCGGGGCGCUUUGUGAGAGUGAGGCUACACACACUGUGCUCGUAUGUUGUUGAACUCUUGUUUUGUGAAAUAAAGAGCCGGUUGCUUUCCUUUUUUUUUUAAUUCAUUUAUUUUUUAGUCAUUGUCUCUUGCUAGUAGUGGGGGGGAGGGGAUGAACAAAUGAAACUGUACAUUUGCAUGCUGCAUGAUUUCAGAGUUCAGCUGUGAAAAGCAAGAUCACCUCGGCCUGUCGGUCUGAAGGCAGAACACACAUUAGGACAGGACAGGCAAGGACU